CCCUAAAAAAACAAAAGAUAAGGGGGUCUUUCCAGUGCUUGUUUUACAUUGUUGCUGGUGAGUGGUUUCAGAGAAAAACCCUAAGAAUGGCAAGCAUGGUGAUACAAGGUGUAAUGAAUAAUGGAGAUGCUGCUGCACUUGUUGUUUUACCAUUGUUUUCAUCACUUUCGGGUUCAAGUUUUAGAUUCAGUAGGAGAUCUAAUCCUACGUUUCUUCUUUCAAAUGGGAUUCUCAAGAGCUUCAAUUCCUUUGGCUUUUCGAAGGUAGGUAUUAAGCUUGAGAAGUACAGACCAAAGGUGAGAGCAUCAGGGGCUUCCAAUGAUGAUACUACUACACCUCCGGUUGCUCCUUUAGAGCUUGAAUCUCCGACAGGUCAGCUUCUCUCACAAAUACUGCAAACCCACCCGCAUUUACUCCCUGCAGCUGUUGAUCAACAUCUUGAGAACCUUCAAGCUGAGCGAGAUUCUCCAAAAGAAGAAGAUUCAUCCCAAACUCAAAAUCUCCUAUACAAGAGAAUCGCAGAAGUUAAAGAAAAAGAAAAAAAGAAAACUUUAGAAGAGAUAAUCUACUGCUUGGUUGUCCAAGACUUCUUAAAGUAUAAAAUCAUGAUGAUUCCUUUGAUAUCAGUUCCAACAGAUGAUCCAACUGGUAAGGUAGAUGCUUGGCCAAACCAAGAACAGAAGUUAGAGUCUGUUCAUUCCUCUGAAGCCUUUGAAAUGAUUCAGAACCAUCUAUCACUUGUUCAUGGUGAGCGAGAUGGGGGCCCUCUCAGUAAUACUGUCCAAAUCAGCAAACUCAAGCUCGGGAAGCUUUAUGCAGCCUCCAUAAUGUAUGGGUAUUUUCUCAAAAGAGUUGACGAAAGAUUUCAGCUUGAAAGAAGUAUGAAAACUCUUCCAAAGAGUUUGAAUAAAGCACAAGAGAUUUCCCGAGAACCACUUCCAGAAAGCCCAUUCUGGGAUCAGGAUUCAUUAUUUCGAAUCCCACCUGAUGAUGAUAUUGAUGACGAAGGAGUCAUCUCAAAUUCUGCUGAAGUAAAUACAUUGAAAGAAUAUGUUAUGUACUUGGAUGCGGAUACACUACAGAAAUAUGCAACCAUAAGAUCAAUAGAAGCUAUUUCAUUAAUUGAGAGACAGACCCAAGCAUUGUUUGGAAGACCGGAUAUCAAAAUUGCCGAGGAUGGUUCAAUCGAUAUGUCUAACGAUGAGGUAAUUGGGAUUUCAUUCUCCGGGUUGGGACUUUUGGUAUUGGAAGCAGUUGCAUUUGGAUCGUUUUUGUGGGAUGCUGAAGGAUAUGUUGAGUCUAAGUACCAUUUUUUCAAAAUCUGAUUGAACCAGAUAACAUUUUUGUGCUGUAAUGCAAAUGAUGUAAAUUGGUGUAUAAAGUUUUCAUAUUAUGAAAAACUAGGGGUAGUUUUGUAGACAUGCAUCUUAUGUUUCUUGGUUACUUGAACAGAAUUUCAUUGCAGAAAUGGACUCACUUAUUUUGGUAUCCACAUAUUGGUCCCAAUUAGUCCAACAUUGUAUGAUUGU